AGGUCUCCAAAAUUUCCCAAAUCCUCAAUUCUAACCCUAAACCCAAACGACAGUGAGAAGAAGCAAAGGAACAACUCGAACCAUCAAAAACCAAUAGCAAUCAAUCAAUCAAUCAAACCCAAAAAGGUGUGCGUGUGUGGGUGCAGAGCAAGAAAUCAAUGGCGGAAGGUGGGGAGAAGAAGAGGGUUGUCGUGGAGUCGUUAGGAUGGUUAACGGAAUCCACCAUCAUGCCCAAAAAGAUCCGACCAAUUGAAGGCGUCGGUGCUUCUUCCAUCCUUGAGCUUAAAGCCCAAUUAUACAAAUCUCAAGAAGAGGCCAAACGCGUCGCCAAAGAGACCGUCCACCCUUCUGCUGCUGACCCGAAUUAUUCCCAUCUAGAGAUCCAUCGUGCAAAGAGGAAGAUAACUGCCAAGAACGUCUUUUCGUCUAAAAAUCAUGGGGUUGAUGCCAGAGAGGCCAAGGACAAGCUUGAGAUGAAAGCAAUCAAGGAUGGUUCAGUAAGCUAUGCUGCCUUAGAACGAAAGGCUAAGUUAUAUGAUAAGCUGGUGAGGGGUGAGCUUUCUGAUGGGGAGGAGGGAGAGAAGUACUGUGUUGACUUCUUUCGGAAGGGCCAGGAGCAGGAAGACUCUGAACAGCUUCAACGGCAUGACAUUUCUAACACAGAACCAAGAGAUGAAGAUGGAGAUGAUGAUGCCUCCCUACUAUCAGACACAAAAGCUGCAGGACUUGGCCAAGCUGGCACAUUUGACCGAAGUGAACACAAGCGUUUCGUUAUGGAAGUUCAUAAAGAAGCAAGUCAAGCAAGGGAAAAAGCAUCAGAACUCAAGCUACGUAGGCAAGAACAAGUAGCAGCACGUCGAGAAAAACUAAAGCAGGCUUAUCUCCGCAAGCAGAUUGAGAAAUUGAAGGCUUCCAAGACAGAGCAGACAUAGACCAGAGGAGGUUUAUUGUAGUCUCCAAAUGACGCGGGUAGAUUAUUGGUUUCUUACUGAUUGGCAAGCAUGGGCGUUUUGGGCCUUAAUGGCCGCAUAUUUGUUAUUAGUCAAAAAAAAUUGAAGUGGUAUGCAGUCAUAUUGGCAACUAACUGAGUUUUCGGUUAUUGAUUUUUUAUCUGUGUUAAUGAACUUACAUAUCUUUGAUCAUAUUUGACAAUGUAUUUUAUUUUUUUUUCCUAUUGCAUAGGGGAAUAUUGUAGAAAUCUAACCCACCCCUACCACAUGGAAAACUCUCGCUGAUACUACUUGUACUAGACUAUAAGCCUUGGUGUUUUGGCAAUGCAUUGAAUUUUAGAUUGUCGGAAUAUAUGUCAAAUAUUUUUUAAGGCAUGUUUGGGGAUGAGUUUUAUAAAAUGAGCAAUUAUUUGUUAUGAUUA